AUGUCUCCGCGGGCCUCCAGCUCCUCCAGUGGAACGCCCCAGUUCUCAUUUGUUACGGGGAACACCAAAUCAGAAGCUCGGAGCCAUGCCAUGAGAGAGCACUGGAAGCGGCGACAUCAGCGCAAUCAGGAGGCGAAGAUAAAGCACCAGAAAAGGUCAUCUCGGAAUUUACCUCUUCGCUCGAAGGGUGUCGCAAACGAAGAUUGUUCACCAGCAGAUGCAAGUAGCUCCUCGGCCUCGGAUUUUCAACAAAAUGCGGUCACGGAUGUGGCCAAGUAUCAAGAUGAAUAUUCUGGCAUCCCCGCUCAGAUGUUCGGUGGUAUGAGUUAUGCGCUGUCAAGCUCGAGGCCUGACCCUUUUCAGACGUGCCCUGUUCACUUGACGAGUCAGCAUCAGAAGCUUUUACAUCACUGGAUUGGCACACAUGCAGCUAUGAUGUUUGAAAACUUGGAGGUGACUGAGUUUAAUCCAAUGAAGGACGUAUGGUUCCCACUGGAUCUUUCGAAUGCUUCAUCUUUCAAUUGCAUCAUGGCUCAUUCAGCUGCGCACCUGUAUCAUCUAUACGCUGGCACGCCCCCGCGACGAGGAUCGGAAUCUUCCGAUGCCUUGAAAUAUAAGAUUGAGGCUGUCCGGAUUCUACGGCUUUGGCUUAGUGAUCCUGAGAAAGAGCUAAGCGAUGAUGCUUUUGCUGCUGUUGUUCGCCUGCUCACGUUUGAGCGAUAUUGGGGUACAGUAGAGCAUUGGAAAAUUCACCGUGAUGGCUUGCAAAGAAUGAUCGAUGCCAAAGGUGGAGUUGGAGCGCUCCACAAUAACUGGCGCCUGGAACUUGUGGUUUACCUGUAG